AUGCGUGUCAUCAAACUCUUAACUACCGCCUUCUUCGUGUCCUUUGUUGAAGCUGUUCCGGCUCAGAAGCCUGCAGAAAAGGAAUUCGUCGGGUAUCUCAUCUCGACCUUUAGUGACCCAACUCCAGAAGUCCAAUGGCAUCUUUCAGAUGGAAAAUCAGCAUCAAGCUUCAACUUCUUGAACAGCGGUAAACCAGUCUUGACGAGUAACGUCGGUACCAAAGGCGUCAGGGAUAUUUUCCUCGCCGCAAACAGCAAGCGUUCCGAGUACUUUACCAUUGCCACCGACUUGGACAUCAACGCCCCAGGUUUUUCUUGGGACUGGGCUACGCGGAAUGGAAGUCGGGGCCUUGUUGUCUGGUCUUCGAAGGACCUUGUCAAAUGGUCAAAGCCUUCACUAAGAAUUAGUGUCGAGUCCCCUACUGCAGGCAUGGCUUGGGCGCCAUCCGUGGUAUGGGAUGAUGCUACCAAUCAAUACUAUGUCUUCUGGGCAUCAAGACACUACGCUUCUUCUGAUACCGAACACAAAGGCGAAGCAACCCUGGACAAGAUUCGGUUCGCCACAACCAAAGAUUUUGUCAAAUUCAGCGACCCCAAGGACUAUCAUGCUCCAAAGGACACCGGCCUGAUUGACCAGGAGUUCCAGUACCUCGGCAAGCCAGGCCAUUUUGUCCGUUUUCUCAAAAACGAAACCAUCAAUCAAGUAUACCAAGAAAGCACAACAACUGGUCUCUUUGGGACGUGGACUCGUGUGCCAGGAUAUGUUCGACCUGAAUCCCCGCUCGAAGGACCUGGCUCAUUCGCCGAUCUUCGCACCCCCGGACUGUAUCAUCUGCUUCUUGAUGACUAUACUCAGUAUAUUCCCUUUCAGACUUCUGACAUUUUGUCUCCAAUGUGGGAGAAGUCAGACUUUCCUGAAUUUCCCAGGGGUUUAAAGCAUGGUUCCGUGACCCCUCUUACCAAGAAAGAGUAUGAUGCAGUUGCUGCGAAGUAUGGCAAAUGA